AUGGCAGCUGUAGAUGUCAAUGUCCAAAGAGCUAACCUUCAAGCAACCCACAGCCGUCAUCCAAGUCUACCCGGACCUCCCAUGCAAAAUGAUUAUCAUUUCGGUGGGAUGUCUUCUGCUCUAGGGCAGCGGGGUAUGCAGCAUGGGCUUCCAAAGCUAGAAACACAUGGUUUUAACAACUUGGAUUUCGGAGGGGGUCUCAGAACUGCACCUGUCCACGGCUAUUCAGAGGUGGAUUUUGAGCGCCUGCUCUUUGGUGGCCCAGGCUCUACGAUAAACCCGAAUGCAUUGCACUACAAUGAUUCCCCGCAGUCGAUGGUAAUUGAUACUGCAUCACCAUAUCACCACGCUUUUCCAGAUAUGUCUGCAAGUCAAACCUUGGAAGAAAACUUUGACUGGAUGAAUGGAUUUGAACAUCAAAUGUCAUUCCACGACGCCAAUGACCAGGCACUCGAUGGAUCCUCACCCUCUGCUAUAAGCACUGCUAGUCAGAGUGGUAUCAGCGAAGUCAUGUUGGAUGGUUCAAACAACCCAGCACAGUCUUCGGCAUCCAUGUGGCAACAGUCAAUGAUGGCUCCUCCUCUUAUGACACCCAAUCCGUUUGCUAUGGACCUUGGUCAUACAGGAUUCCAUGAUAUGAUGAACGGUGGGCCUAUGUCUCCCCAUAGCCUGCCUCACAGAAAUGCGAACGACCCCUAUUUCUCGACACCACCACCAUCCAUGAGCUCGUUAAGUCCAUCUCUGAUGCCGGGUAUCACGACUCAAAGCUUUCACCCACCAAUGAAUCUCGGGCCGGAAACCCCAAUCUCGAUGAAUGGGAGCACGAGUUCUAUUCUGCCGCUCGCCACAAUUACAGAUUCCACCCGACAAGCUCUCCUUGCUGCUCUCGCACCGUGUACGCCAUUCGGAAGCCGAAAAUAUUCCUUUCCAGCAACCAGCUCACCUCUUUCCCCUCAUUUCCCCGGACGAGCGAGUAUCGCUAGUGAUGCAACACGUAACCUUCCCAGCACACACGAUCUUCAACGUUAUGUUGGAGCUUACAUUCGCUACUUCCAACCCCACUUACCAUUUCUUCAUAUUCCGACUCUUUCUUUUGACGUUCCGACUUACGGGAAUGAUGGCAGAGGUCAUGCCGGCCUCAUCGGUGGACGGGGUUGCCUCAUCCUUUCUAUGGCGGCGAUUGGUGCAUUAUACGAGAUGGAGCAAGUCCAGUCGAAAGACUUGUUCGAGUCAGCGAAGAAGAUGAUUCAACUCUACCUGGAAGAGCGACGUAAGGCCGAUGUUCGAAAGGCGGAUCACCGGAAAGCUAGUCAUGACCAUGGCCGCCGGUCUCCUGAGAACUCUGUACAUACGCCAGUUUGGCUUGUUCAGGCAAUGUUACUCAACGUUGUCUAUGGACAUAACUGUGGCGACAAGACUGCAGGUGAUAUUGCUAGCACUCAUUGUGCCGCUCUUGUCAGCCUUGCUCGAGCUGCGGAAUUGCUCAGACCACAGUCUAUGCAUGGUUCCACCCAGGAUGUCCAGAUGGGCGAAGAAUCGAUGUCUCCCGAAGACUGGAAUACCGGUAGAGCUAAGAGUGACAUCCCAGAGGAUCAGCAGGAAUGGUACAACUGGAAGACCAUUGAGGAGCGAAAGAGGACUCUUUAUGCCGUUUUUAUCCUGUCAAGUCUCCUGGUUUCUGCAUAUAAUCAUACGCCUGCGUUGACAAAUUCGGAGAUUAUGUUGGAUUUGCCCUGUGAUGAAGAAUUCUGGUCCGCCGAUACAGCACAAAGUUUUUAUUCCAGAGGUGGUUCUAGGAUGGCGGAUCACAAUCAUGUUACCUUCCACGAUGCUCUGGGCGAGCUCUUACGUACCAGUGAGAAGCAACAACAACAACAACAACAGCAGCAGCAGCAGCAACAGAACGCGCAUGGGCAAAUGUUCGGAUCUCCUAUUAUGCAAGAUCUUCCGAAGAGCGAUCUGAAGCCGAGCACAUUUGGUUGUCUUGUCUUGAUCAACGCCUUGCACAACUAUAUUUGGGAAACACGACAAAGACACCACAACAGGGUCUGGACUAACGAAGAGACUGAGAAGAUGCAUCGCCAUAUCGAACCAGCUCUGAAGGCUUGGCAAGCUGCGUGGGCGAGCAAUCCUCAUCACAGCCUAGAGCGACCAAAUCCGUAUGGAUUCGGACCGCUUUCUGCUGAUAGCAUCCCGCUUCUAGAUCUUGCUUAUGUCAGAUUAUUCGUAAAUCUUUCUAGAUCGAAAGAGAAGUUCUGGCAAAGAGACUGGGAUGGAAUGGCGGAAGAGCUCUCACGCGGUAGCGAAAUAAUCCAACACGCAGAGCAUUCGCCCGAGUCUAACGCCGAAUCUUCGGAUCCAUCCGAAACGUCUGCGACCAGUUCCGUCUUCGUUGAUUCUCCUCCGACAUCGACAUCCUCGCCGGAGUUCAAAGCUAGUCGACUCCCUCCAGGAUCCCUUCACAUGAGCCAGUCAGUCUCGACAUCCAAGCGUGAGCGUCACCUACGCAAAGCCGCCUUUUAUGCCGCAGACUCGCUCUCAAUGUCCGAUAAGCUGGGGGUGACUUUUGCCGACUUUACGUCUCGAGAGCUCCCGUUGCAAUCGGCCAUGUGCGCUUUCGAUUGUGCUCAAGUACUCGCGGAAUGGGUGGCAACAGUUCAAGAACGAGUCGGCCGCUAUCUGGGCAUCCUUGGAAAGGAUGAGAUUGAUCUCAGCCAAGUGCCAGGCAUCAUGCUUCUCGAAGAAGAGGACUGCAAGCUGCUCAGCAAGAUCCAGGAAGUUUUGAACAGUGCCGAGAUCAAGAUGAAUUACGAGCUAGCUGGCAUGGGAGCCGUUGCUCAGAUGAACGCUGCUCAGAGACUACCCGUGGGAGAUAACAAUGGCUACGGAAGCAAGAUUUUGAAAGUCACGGCCUACAUGCUAGAUAAGGCCGCCGUGUGGCCUGUAACACACCUCAUGGCACGCAGUCUGGAGACACAAGCCAACCACAUGCGGGCCCGAGCUGAAGACUCGGUGACCCAGCGUGGAUAA